AUGGCCAACCAGAACUCUGACCUUUACAAGCAAAUCACUGCAGGCAGUGUCGCUGCAGUGUUUCAAACAACAAUGACGUACCCAUUUGAGUACUUAAAGACCGGUUUGCAAUUGCAACCAAAAGGUACCGCUUUUGAGAUCAUUUUACCUCAGAUUAAGUCGUACUUUGUUGGUUGCUCUGCUUUAAAUGUGGCCGCAUUUGGGAAGACCAUUUUAAGGUUCAUUACGUUUGAUAAGCUAUGCCACUCCCUGAAUAAUAACAUUGAUAAUAAUGAUAAUUUCCAAAGACUGACCGGUCCUAACCUUCUAAUUGCUGGUACACUGACAGGCAUAGUAGAAAGUUUGUUUAUUAUCCCUUUCGAAAACAUAAAGACCACUAUGAUUCAAUCGGCGAUGAUCGAUAAUAAGAAGUUGCAAAAAGCUCAACCUGAAGCUAGCGCAAAGGCAACUUUCCAUAAGGCGGCGACCAAGGCUACUCCUGUGGCUCGUAUCGAGAGGCUACUUCCCGCAGUCAAACACAUGUAUCAAACAAGAGGCCUUGCCGCAUUCGUCCAGGGAACAACGCCCACUAUAUUCAGACAGAUAGCCAACACUUCUAUUCAAUUCACUGCGUACACAGCAUUUAAACGGUUGCUGCAAGGAAGAAACGACAAGGCAUCCUCAGCAAUAACGGGGUUGGCCACCUCUUUUACACUUGUGGCAAUGACUCAACCCAUUGAUGUCGUAAAGACAAGAAUGAUGAGUCAAAAUGCCAAAACUGAAUACAAAAAUACGUUAAAUUGUAUGUAUAGAAUAUUUGUUCAAGAAGGCAUGGCCACAUUCUGGAAGGGCUCCAUUUUUAGAUUCAUGAAAGUCGGUAUCUCGGGUGGCUUAACGUUCACUGUUUAUGAACAGGUUAGUUUGUUGCUGGGCUUCUCCUCCAGGUCUUGA